AUGGCAUCGGUGGUCCAAGUGCCGAGACUCGACGGAUCGGUGCUGGGUGCCCUUGAGAAGGUCGGCUUCGCCUCCUCCAUCGCCUCCUCCGUCGCUGCGCCCCCACACCGGGCACCCCGGGCACCCCGGCCACUCCGGGCACCGGGACAAGGCCGCAGCCUGGCCGCUUCCUCGCUGCUGGCGGCAGCCGGCCUCUCUGCCUGCCGGCUUCGUCGGAGCUUGCGCUGCGGGAGCUGCGGGCGCCAGGCCUCCCCACGCGUGGCCGUGGUGGGCGCUGGGCCCGCCGGCCUGGCAGCCGCUCUGGCGCUCCGCAAGGAGGCAGGGCUGGAUGACAUCACCGUGCUCGAGCGCUCGCCUGAGCUAAGGCCUGGAGUCGGUGGUGGUGUGCAGCUUCACUCCGGAGCUGCCUUGCUGGAGGAGCUGGGAGUGGACCUCAGCUUCGCUCAGCCGCUGCGGCGCAUCCGGAGCCGCUCCGCCAGUGGUGAUGAGCUGCUGCAGCUGGAUCUCCCGAACCUGCUCGACACAUUUGAAGCGUUUUCGGGCUCCGUACGGCGAUCCGAUGGCCAACCCGCCAGCUGCACCGUGAUGCGGGACGCGCUGCUGGAGGCCAUGGCCAAGUCCCUGCCUUCGGGCAGCAUUCGCCUGGGGAGGAAGCUGCUGGACGUGCAGAUGAGCCCGGGCGGGCAGUCUGCGACCUGCCGCUUUGAAGCCGGACAAGAGGAUUUCGACCUCGUCGUCGCUGCCGAUGGUAUCGGCAGCAGUGCGCGACGCUUUGUACUUGACGAGGGCGACCAGGAGGAGGCGCCUCGGUACACAGGUCUUCGCAUCCAGUACGGCGUCAGGGAGGCCGGUGGACGGCCUGCCGGGUGUGAGGAGGAAGCACACCAAUGGUUCGGCCAAGGCGUGUAUGCACUCACCGCCACCUACGGUGGCCUCGGCGGCAAGCGCUUUGAGAUGAUGGCGGUGGUCUUCAGGGAAGAUGCCCCGGCGGCAGAGAAUGCUGACUGGGAUCCCGUGGAGAUCAAGGACAGCUGUUUGCAGAGACUGCGCGAAGCUGGGCAUCCCGCGGAAGUGAUGGAGGUCGCUGAGGGCUGCUCGCGUUUCUUCGAGCUGGGCGUGUUCGAGAGGCCGGUGGGACUGAGCAACUGGCACCGCGAUCGGGUGGUUCUGCUGGGCGACUCCGCACAUGCGAUGCCGCCGUUCCUGGGGCAGGGCGCGAACCAGGCCAUCCAGGAUGCUGUCUGCUUGGCACGCUGGCUGCGCCGCGUCAACUUCGCCGACGCGGCCUCGGAAGGUGCCCUGCAGGCUGCCCUGCUGGGCUACACGGCGCAGCGCUUGCCUCCAGUGGCCGUGCUGGGCAUCGAAAGCAGCUUCCUUGGUCAAGUGGAGACUCUGCCCGGUGAUCUGGGCGGGCUGGUGAGGGAGAAUUUCUUCCGGCUCACGGCCGGGACCGGCGUUGCAGGUCUGGUGUUUCUCAACGGCGCGAUUGCGAGAGUCUGA